AUGGAUUCGGAUUCGUGCGAAGGUUUCGAUAAAUGCGAAGAUUUGAGAGAUGUGACACCCAAACUAGACAGCAAUGCUUCCGACUUAAAGACGCUGAACCAUCAAGUAUGCGAGAAUCGUUUUCGUGAAUUCAAACAAUCCACUUACAAGGAAAUUCACAAGAUGUAUUGCGCUUUAAAGAAAAUUGGAUACCUUCCUCUUUGUCCUGAUGUUAAUCGCCGAACAGAUUUGGAAUACAUUCGUGGUUGUUUGGACCAACUGACUUCUGAUCAAGCCGUGUUUUACAGCCGAGCUGGGGAGGUCUUGGUUGGUUGUUAUGUAACUCCACUUCGGCCAACAGAAGUUCAAUGUGGACAGGGAAACCUCAACCUUUUCCAAUACUUUGUGGCUAAAUGGUGCUAUAAGAUUGAUGACAAUCAAUAUGUCGUGAUCAAUGGAUGUGGUGCUGCUUACCCUGUUUCGGAGUUGUUCAUUGUCAGAGUUCCAAGACCAGCGGCUAUGCAAAGCGAUAGAGAAGUUCGUGCUCAGAAGAAACGAGACAGCUGCAUGAGAUGGUCUACGCCUUCGUCUGAUGCUUCAAUUCCUCGUAGCGCUCACCGCCCUCGUGACAUGUUGCUCCGGAACGAGAUGAACAAUAUGCUACCAAUUGUCAGAUCAAUGAAUGAAUAA